UAUAAAUAUUCAUAUCGAUCCCAAAACGUGUGCCCUGUUUAUCUUAAUAUUCACUGCAGCUGCCCAGGCUCGCUAGCCGGAGCUUAGCCGCUUGGUUAGCUCGCGUUAGCUAGCUCGGAAAUAGCGGUCGGAUGAUUCGCGAACGUCACUUCUAUUUAGCCCGUGUUGAUUUGAGAUUAACGCGAACUACCGAACAGUCGAGUUUAUGUUGUGCGAUCGCGGCUAAUUAAAGAGCAAAACCGCCUCUAAAGGGUAAGCUAACUGGCUGCUUGGCUCAGGCUAUGUCUUGGAGCGGAAACAUCCCUCACAAAGGAUUCACACAUGCGGUCAAAUCCUCUCACCACCCCCCCCCCCCCCCACCCAUCCGUCCCUCAAAACGAACAACAGAUAUCAACUCGAGACGCGUUUUAUUUGUGUUUGUUCUGAUUCACAUCACGGUGCACGGUUGUCACCUCCAACCCCCUCCAGCCGUAUUUGCUCUGGAAAAAAAAUACCGCAAAAUAGACGUAGCCUCUCCAGCCAGUCAGCUUAUCUGAGCGCGGAUGAUGUCAUUUGAAGAUCAUCCGCUCCUGCUAUCGCUCGCUCGUUUUCCCCUCUUUCUCUCCACGCACCGGGGUUUCACUCGGCUUUUCUCCGCGUCGACCGGCCCGUAGACUCCCCCGGUACACGGGUCAAUUAGCCCCGGGGAAGCGUGGGCCACUCCCGAUCCAUCAAAGCAUCACUCGCCCUCUUUUCCUUUUUAUUUGCUAAUUGGCAAUUCAGCAGCUGUUUGUUUGGAGCUGACACAAAUUGCAGCAGCAACAACAACCACAACAAAAACAAGUAAACCAGAUCAAACAAUUGAUAAAGCUACAGUGUAACAUUAAUUUCAUAACAGUGGCCUCAGUGAUUUCAUUGUGCUUUUAUUUCUGUUCUUAUUUCCCUGUUUCAUAGUAUGGAGGCUGGCUCUACAUUCUGCAUUUAUCAGAUCUUUGUCGUCCCCCCCAUUGUGUAGCUAAUGAUCAUCUGCUGCUGUGUGGUGUGGCGUGGCCUCUGCCUGUUCUCUGCAUUUAGCUGUAUUGUGAAUCCCUUCUUCAUUUCCUCUUUCCAUCAGAAGACGACAUUGGUAUUCACAAAAAAAAUACAAAGCACUCCCCCUUCCCUCCCUCCCCAGAUGUACUCAGCCAUAGACUUUCCAUGUUGAGCUAAAACAAUAGCUAACACCUAGACCACAGCACCUUUUUUGUCCUUUUUCUUGUCAAAUUGCUGUAGCACUGAGUUAACAUUUUUUAUUUUUUUUUAGAUAUCAGUUGAAUGUCAUUGUGUACCUCCCAUCCAGUCUUGAUAGACAACAUGCUGUAAAUUCCUGUAAAGUGGAUACAUUUUGCAUGAUCUCAAACACUGCACUGCAUCGUUGAACACCAGAAUUCGGCUCAUCCUCCUUUCUCUUCACACAAGGUGCAAUGUACGUAAUUUAAAAAAAGAAAAGAAGACCCUCUAAUUUGGGAAAAAAAAGAAAACAGCGCAUGCAAAUCGGAACCCACAUGCAUGCCAUGUUUGUUGUUGUCAAAACAUUGCAGCAAACGCUGUGACGUGAUCACUUGCAAUGACUGUAAAGGUACACUGCACCUGCACACAACAACCUGCCAUAACUGUCUCCAUUUUUGUGUAAUCCUUUUCGUUCCCUUUGCAAAUUUCAAGCUUCGAAUCACACUGAAUUGUCAGGGCUGUUUUGCCGUCUACUGGGCAAAUGAAACUAAACAUUCAAGCAAUCAAAACAUGCUCACUGGUGGUUCAUCACUUCCUUAUUUUCCCCCACUAACAUACGGCCAAAAUGCUAUCCAUUUCACAGGGAUGCCUAUUUUCCUGCACUGCUAGAAAAAAAAAACAGAGAUCCUCUAUUAGUAAUAACGUCUUUUAUUGUUUGGUUGUGGUCUCUCUUUACCUUUUGUUCUGGUAAUAGUACUUUCAAUGCAUGAUCACAUUUUAUGAUUCAUACUUUUUUGGUUUUUGUUUUUCUACAUUGACUAGUGAAAAUCCAAUGUAAUCUUUCUGUAGUAAAGAUGUACCCUGCUGUACUGGAAUCAUGUGCUGUAGCCAACACGUCUGCUCAUUGGAUGCCGCUUUUGUUCUUUUUAACCCUAUAUGGAGCAUGGUGGGCCUUGCCUUCAGUCUAUGUUGUUUAUUUUUGUUGCAUGAAAUUAUACUAUUAUUAUAAGCAAAAAAAACAGGAAAGAAAACACAAAAUCCACAUAUACUAAUAUUUUUCAAUAAAGAAUAUAGUGUUUUUCCUAACCUUCAGUGUGCUUCUUGCUGAUUUCCAUUUAUUGUCCUCCCUCUCCCGUGUCCCAACCUGCCCCCUCUCCACCCCCCCCACCCACCUCUUCUCCCGCUGUGACAAAGAUAGACGAUUUCCACGCUUCCUCCAUCACAGGGCCUGAAUGAGUCUAUCUGCUGUCAUUCAUGGUGAUCGUUUUUUCACUGAGAUGCUUGAAAACGCAGUGUGCUAUAUUUUAAAGUCUAGACGAGAGCCUUUGACCCACGGCAGCAAGGUCAUCCGAUGUCUGCCCGGCUUCACACCGGCGACCUCCUUUUUAACCUGUACAUUUUGACUGAAAGCUGCACGGCUUACCUCUCGUGGGCGUGUUUUUGAACUCAUACUGCCUUUCUCAAGCGUACUCCAAGUAAAUGCAAUGUAGACUGCCUAUUUCCUCAUGAUUUUUAGAAGAGAAAAAAAGAAAAUUCCACUGUUUACAUCAAAAUUCGUCAUGUAUUUUACACUGUCAAGGCAGAUUAAACUCAAACCGUACUGGAAUUUAGCGUCUUGCACAAUUUUAAUCUCUUAACUGGCAGGUUUCUGUAAAAUUCACUGCUUCACUUUCUGCCAAAUGGACUUAGCAGAGCACAGUUGGGUUGAAUCCUGCUCCGCUGGAGGCCCCCGCUAUGGUUCUUUUUUUGGCCCGGGGUUUCCUCAAAGGUUUCUAAUCAAAGUUAAAUUUGUUACUAUAGUGUCUCAGUCCUUCCAUAAUCAAAACGGUCUGUUUCAGCCGAAGCACAGCAUUAAUACCACAUUGCACCACAGCACAAGCUAGCCUGUCCUUUUCUCCCUGUUGAGUCUUGACAGCAGUCUGUUCGCCGCUGUUGCCAAAUAGCUGUGGUUGGAGGGAGUAAAAAAGCAUUCCAGCUAUUUCCUCUAGAUCCUGAAUGUUCAUAUGGCAGAAGAACUUGUCGAGCUUUACUGUAAGUGUAAGGGCCAAAGAGAAGGUCGUUUUUUUUUUUUUUUUUUUUUUUACUGAAACACGUUGAACAGUGUGAUUAUAUUGCCUGGUUUCCUUUUUAAGAAUGAAGGAAUACGUCUUUAAUGUUGAAUAGAUAGAAACUUGGCAUCUAAAAAGUUUAAUGUAAAGUAAAUCUUAGGUCCUAAAGGUUAAUUUGCAGGAGAGCAUUGACCAACACUCGGCUGCAGAAAUGAUAAGAACUGAGCUGCGUCGAAGAUCUGGUAGAUUUCAUCUGUUCUGAUCCAGUCCGCUAGUCUGUGACUCAGAAGACCAGGAGUCACUCCAGAGGAUGAAAUGCAAUUAAAGAAAAUGAAAAGCUCACGUUGUGUGUGCAGGACCGAGAAUGGUUGUCAUGCUCAUGGUACUUGUGGUAACCAUCAUUUUCCCACCCCCACAGAAGUAUUUUUCACCCUAGGAUCCCAUUUCAACCGGCAACAGCAACAGCAGCAGCAGCAGCACAGCCAUGCUACCUCUUGCCGGCACUUCCAGUUAGGUCCUCAGGCCCCGCUGACCAUGGACUUCCCCAUGCCCCACCCAGGGCAGCCACAGUCAGGCAUUAACCCCCACUUGGCCCCUCCUGGCCACCAGCAUGGCCCUCCGCUCCACCCGUCCCUUAAUUCCCUGCCCACCCCCCAGUUCCAGGACAUGUCCGCCCCUCCCUUCCUACCUCAGGCAUUACACCAGCAAUACCUCCUCCAGCAGCAGAUCCUUGAGGCCCAGCACCGACACAUCCUGCCACCCUCCAGGUAUCCACACAGACGCACCCCAGAGAGAGUUCCUCACCAGCCCCACAGAUUACGGCCUGGGUACGAGUUUGCUCCGCCUCUUCAUGUGCCCCCUCAGCCGGUGGUGCAGCAGCCCCGUUACCUGGCCGAGGGCACAGACUGGGAUCUAAGUGUUGAUGCUGGACUGCCGCCCCACCAGUAUCACAUCCAUCCACUGCCACAGCACUAUCAGCACUACCUGACCUCUCCUAGGAUGCACCACUUCCCUAGAAACAAUGCCUCAACUCAAGUGGUUGUCCAUGAGAUCAGAAACUACCCAUAUCCCCAGCUGCACUUGCUGGCUCUGCAGAGCCUCAACCCCUCCCGCCACGCGUCUGCAGUUAGAGAGAGCUACGAGGAGCUUCUGCAGCUGGAGGACCGGCUGGGCAGUGUCAAUCGUGGAGCGGUCCAGACGACCAUAGAGAGAUUCACUUUCCCCCAUAAGUACAAAAAGAGAAUACCCCAGGACCUGAAGAUGUGUCUGGAAGAUGAGGAGCUGGACACAGAUGAGAAGUGCACCAUCUGUCUCUCGAUGCUGGAGGAGGCAGAGGACGUCAGGAGAUUACCCUGCAUGCACCUCUUCCACCAGGCGUGUGUGGACCAGUGGCUGGCCACCAGCAGGAAAUGCCCCAUCUGCAGAGUAGACAUUGAGACCCAGCUGACCCCCGACAGUUGAUGGCACCUGUCGACUCCCGCAGCUUCGGAUCUGGUCUUGUGAAUUCUCCAUUGCCUCCUGUCUGGGGGGAAAAGCUCUGCCAAACACCCCUCUUCCCCCUCUGCAUCACUCCACGAGCCCGCCUCCAGAGACGGCCGUGACAGAGGGAUCAACAAAGCACACUCACCCACAACACAACGAGGGACAGGGGGUUGACGCACAGAUCGGCGGCUGGAAGGUUGGUUGAAUGGAACUUUGCUGGAUGUAAACGUAGCAGCGGACACGUAUGGACAGAUGUGCUGAGGCUUCACACGAUUCUGUCAGUGCACCCUGUGUACAUUUCUCCAUACAGCCACACACACACAGAGAGAGAGAGAGAGAGGACACUGACCUCCAACCUCCCCAGCUCAGUGUGGUGUAUUAAGGCCAUGUCUCUGCCACAACAUCUAAACCCUUCCCCCCCCCCCAGCCCUGUGAAAAAUCCUUUAAGCUGCACUCUGCCCAAGCCCUCAGCACAUCUGUACAGAAUAUUAUCAAAUGAUUAGCAUGAGGUUGUUUGGUGUGAACUCUUGUAGCCGAAUGCUUGUGGUGUAAUGGAGUAUAGUACUGAAUAAGUAUUUACAGAGUAACAGUGUUGUGUAGCAAGCAAAAAGCCUUUUGAGAAAUAUGUGUGUGCAAAAAUAAAACCUACAGAACAGAGAGGGUGAUUACAGCUCUGACGGGGAGAACACGCGGCGCGUUCAAUCAAAGGCAACGACAGGAAGAGCUAGUUGUGUAAAAAGGCCAAAAAAUCCCUCGGCUCUCGUCCAACGCGUUCAUGGAUGAACGGUUGGUGGACGCCAUCAGAGUUUGAUGCUGAACCCCGCUAACUGCAGGCAUGGCUUCCAGUGAUCUGUGUAGUGUCGUAGUCGGGGCCUCUAUAAUCUAGAGCGGGGGCCUCAGAUGUGCAUGCUGUCUGGCAGGCUUGGGCUGUGUCGUUAAUAUUGUGGAGCAGUAGAAACAGGGACUGUGUCUGUGCAUGUGGCGCGUAUACUAUGAUUCUGACGAUCCCACUCAUUCAUAGAGGAGGAACGAGAAUGCACCCCACCCCACCCUUCCCUCUCCCUCCCUCUCCCUCCCUCUCCCCUCUCUCCCGACUAAAGUUGCCCUUAGACACAGAUCUUGGACAGAUGUAGCAUUUCUCUCCUAGUGUCUGCGAUUAGGAUUCAAAGAGCUGCUCGGCGGGUCCGUGUCUAACAGCAACUCCUCUGUGUUGCCUUGCUCACGGCAUGAUCGUGGUCAUGAGAGGCCGGCAUGGGCUUGAGGAUGCAGUGCCUGAGUCUUGCCAUCAGAGUGAAUAAAAUCAGACAUUUGUGUCACCUAUUACCGGAACCUUAUUGCCUAUCGAACAAGCACAUGUGAUUUCUUAUAUGCGGGCUAUUGCCUCUGUUGUGUAUCGGCUCCUUUUCAUUUCAAAUCUAAGUUGUUCCCACUGUUUAAUAAAAAGACUGUGUCUGGUGUUACAGGGAAAAAUACAAACUAGUUUGCCUGUGAUAUGUGCUAGAAUGUGUAUGAUUGUCCCCACAGCCCCCCCUCUCCCAUGGUAGUCGCGUACGCUAGAACAACUGUGAUAUGUUCGGUGAUAGAAGCCGUUUUCUCUAUAUCAUGCAUGAACCAUGUCGGCGUUGUCCACUUGAAGGAGGGUGAAAGGGAGAAAAAGCCAUCCAUUUGAAAAAUACCAAACAAUUGUUCUUAACAUUAGUUUUUUAUUUCAAUUGUCGAUUUGAGUUUUUUCUUUUUUUUGUUGCCAUUUCUUUAUUUGUUUUUUCUUAUUACCUGUAUUCUUUUUGCUCACAUGCCAAUUUGGACAUGGUACUAAUAUGCCGAGUCCUUGUCCAUUUUCACCAUAGUGAAGAAAAGGCUGCAAUGCUGCAAAAACAUAUUUAUUGUUGUUCUAAUGUAGCUUGUGUUUUGUAAAUGCACUAUAAUAUGGAGUUGCCUGAUUUUUUGGUUUGGUGACGUGGGUUCUUCUUGUCCUAGAGUUUGUGUUUCUUCUCAGUUUCAAGUAUUUCAUGCUUCCUUGUGUAUUAUCGGAGGGUAACUUGACUGUUUGUGUUGCUUUAUUUUUCGUUCCUUUUUGUAUGAGACCUCCAUCCAAAAAACUACAGAUGGAUGAAAAAUGGAGGUUCGCUAGUUCACAUAGAAUGCUGUGAUUAAAGAUGCCUUAAGUAUUUAACAAUCAUUAUUUAUUACUAACUGUAGCUAGCUAGCUAUUGUGGUGGAAUAUUUAAUGUCUCUAUCUCAUAACUUUGCAAUUUAAUCAAUAUAUUUAUUUAAAAUAACACAAAAUAUUAAAAAAAGAAUACCUCAUUAUGCAUUGGUCGGUGGGGAUGCUUUUGCAUGCCGUCUGUGUUUUCUUUUUCAAAGGAGGAAAAAAAAGAAAAUUGUUGAAAAAUUGACCUGGGGGGGAGAGUUUCCCGACACAUUUACUAGCCAGCAUGGUGCUGUUGAUCUGGAUUACAUUCCAUUCAUGUCAUCUCGUGAUUUUUUAAACAUUUAAAUGAUUUGUUUUUAUCAUUUAAACAUCGUCCCUGCUUUGAUUCAAAGCAGGUGACGGGGUACAGCUCCUUUUGUCUCAGUGCGGCUCCACAGUUUGCUUGCUCUUCUCGUAUGAUAGCGCUUUCGUUCCCAUAAUCGGUCCUUAUUUGAACAUUUCAUUGAUUUGUUUAUUUGUAUUAUUACAUUCACGUUCACAAUAUUCAAUCAUAUCUGGAUCUCAGUUUAGUGCUUAUUGUUUUAGGACCCACAUAACGAGCUGUAUUAUUUGUUCCUCUGUAUCGCUGGCAGUUGCUUUGUGUGGGGUUUUUGGAAGUAUGUAACAUGCUAACUUGAGCCAUUGAUCUUAUUGAGCAAACUUCUGGUGUGCUGUGGUUAUACAAUAUAGAUAGCGUGUUUCACACCUGGGUAUAAUAAGCUAACUACGUUUUUCGGUGUGCAUUUCUUAUAAAAAAUACUAAUACUAAUCCUGCAAAUUAUUAUAACGUGUAUCGGAUUGGAAUGACGCUGGCUGGUCUUACUAUUCUUCUUCUUUCAUUUCGUGCUCUCACUGGCCUUACCCAACGCCCUCCACAGUGUACCCCCAUAACUCCAGAGCGAACUGGACAGUAGCCAUAGUAUUAACUCAAGCUGAUGAACCGGAAUGAACAGUAGAACUUAAAGCACAAGCUUUUUAAUGCAUGUCCUUCUCAGGUUUUCCUAUGUGUAUGUGGGAGUAGCUCUGUAGAUGUGUUUAAUAUGAUGCUGUACCUUCUUGAAUAUUUCAGAUGUUUCUUUGCUGCUGAAAAAAUUGUCGAUUAUUAACCUGCCAGUGAAAAAGGGAAGUGGCCAUCUUUGUACAACACACUGCUGUUUUGCUGUAACCGCGCAAUGUUUUAUGAUCUUGAGUAUUUUAUAGAAAAGUAGAAGUAUGUAUCAAUAAUAUGAAAGCAAUAGCUAAAUCAUAAUGAAGAAUAACAGUGAAUAUUGUGGAAAAUCUUUAGAUUCACUCUGGGUGGAUUUUGUACUGUAUUUAUUACUAAUGAUGAUGCAAAAAGUUGCAUAGCUUAACCCAAACUGUUCUGUCUCUUUUUUAUUUAUUGUCUUGUAUAUGAUCUUUUUGUAUGUGUUUUUCAAAUAAACUGCCUAAAACGCUGACAA